AUGGUGUUUUAUUUUUUAUCUAAAGUUGUGGAUCCGCCUAUGAUAAUUUACAUGGGAAUAGACAAACAUGAAAAUGAAGAACUCUUAAAAUGGGGUUUCCCUGAGGACGUAUGGUUUCACGUGGAAGACAUGUCUUCGGCUCAUGUUUAUCUCCGCCCACCAAUGGGAAUGAGUAUUGAUGAUAUUCCAAAGGAAGUAAUCGCCGACUGUGCUCAACUUGUUAAAGCUAAUAGUAUACAAGGUUCCAAGACUCCCAGCGUGAGAGUGAUAUACACUCCAUUCCCUAAUCUCAUGAAAACCCCAGACAUGGAUGUCGGACAAGUUGGAUUUCACGACGGAAAAAAGAGCAGGAUUGUUGUGGUGGAAAAGAAAGACCACGAUAUCCUUAGACGACUUAACAAGACGAAAGAAGAAAAGAAUCCAAACUUGAGGGAAGAGAAGGAAGCAAGAGACAGAAAGGAGAGACAGGAAAUGAGAAAAAAGAGAGAAGAAGAGAGAAGAUUGGAGAAGGAAAAGAUAGAGAGAGCCAAAAAGGAAGAGGAGCUAAGAUCUUAUCAAUCAAUAAUGACGGAUGAAAAUAUGAAAACCAAUAAGCUUGAAGAAGGCUUUGAUUACAAGGCAUUUGAGGAUGAUUUCAUGUAACAUAAUUAUGUAAAUAAAUAAACAAAAAACCGACAAUUUUAUUGAACUAAUGUUUAUGUAUUUCUUUGCGAUCAUUCCGCAAAACAGAUUAUAAU